UAUGAGAUUUAAUUACCUUGAUAGCUCUCACCCUCUCUCUCUCUCAUUAAUUAUUUGUAUGUGAAUAUCUACCAUUUCUGUUUCCACAGCAUCAUCGAUCAUCAGCCCGACUAACAACUGUGUUUCUUCCUUUCAAUUUUCAGUGUCUCUCAGUCUAAAUUAACUACGUGAUGACAGACCCUAAAAAUUACAACUCCAGCGGCCUCAAUAGAUGGAUCAACUUCAUGCCUCCCCAUCCACAAUACUACUGCUCCGAAUCCACUUCUUCUUUCAAUUCCAAUCCUUAUCCACAUCAUCAGUUCUCUCAUAACUUGAUGUAUAACAACUCCUCCUGUGUUGUUCAGAACCAACCCUCAUCAUCUCAUGAUUCUCAUCUGAAAGAAGCUCUGCCUUUAAUAAACAAACUAAACCCUAGAGGAGCACAAUUAGAGGAAGAGGGCACAAGUCACAACCCCAAGAACAAAGCUGAUGUCGAUGAUGAUGUAGCCCUACGUAUAGGCCUCCCAAGUAGUAAUUAUAGUAUUGAUCCAGGUAGUGGUGGUACGGAAGUAGAUCAAUCUAAUGAUGAAUUAGGAGCAGCUGCGAGUGUGGACAGAUUAAACAAGGGUCAUUACUGGAUUCCCACCCCUUCUCAGAUUCUAAAUGGCCCAACUCAAUUCUCAUGUCCUCUGUGCUCCAAAACCUUUAACAGACACAAUAACUUGCAGAACCAACCCUCAUCAUCUCAUGAUUCUCAUCUGAAAGAAGCUCUGCCUUUAAUAAACAAACUAAACCCUAGAGGAGCACAAUUAGAGGAAGAGGAAGAGGGCACAAGCCACAACCCCAAGAACAAAGCUGAUGUCGAUGAUGAUGUAGCCCUACGUAUAGGCCUCCCAAGUAGUAAUUAUAGUAUUGAUCCAGGUAGUGGUGGUAUGGAAGUAGAUCAAUCUAAUGAUAAAUUAGGAGCAGCUGCGAGUGUGGACAGAUUAAACAAGGGUCAUUACAGGAUUCCCACCCCUUCUCAGAUUCUAAAUAGCCCAACUCAAUUCUCAUGUCCUCUGUGCUCCAAAUCCUUUAACAGAUACAAUAACUUGCAGGUAUAUAAUUUAUGCUUAAUUGCUUACAUAAUUACAUUAUAUGUAUACUUAAUUUAUUUUCCGUGAUUCCAUGUUUUUCAUGAGUCUGUGCAUGUGUUUGUGUCUUUGCUUCUUUAAUUUCUUUGUUAUGACAAUCAUGCUUCUUUUUUUUCUUUUUGGGGUCUAUCUCAGUGGUUUAAGAUAUCAUUUACGUCUUAUGACGAGGACUACCUGCUCCAGCUGAGACUCAUUAUAUAAACCCUGCAAUAAAAGUGUCCUGAACGUCGACCAUGUCUCUGUGCAAGAGCACAGACAUUAAAUUUUAAAAAUUUCUACCAACAAUGUACUGAUGCUUCCUCCAGUUUGAACAAUAGCCACAA